UGCAUAUCAGCCUCGCAGCCAAUCAGAGGUCAUCCUUACCUAAUCAGAGCCUCUGCCGAAUUGGCUCGGCUCACGACUCCAUCCACGACCAUUGCCGUACCAUCACGACCUCGAUCGCCUUGUCCACGUCCCUCAAUUCGGUCUGUCCGUACGUCAGCGACAUUCUCCUUCUCCCGAACAACUCUUGUCGCCUCUCAGCAACCGCUAACCCGCCUAAUUCCUCCAGGCCGAACCCCCGAAUCGAGCGAUCUCUCCCCCGGCCGACACAUCAACCGACGCUUCAUCAUGGCUGGCCACGGUCACCACAGCUUCAAUGGGCCCCCCAAGCCCCCGGUGGCUCACGUGCCCCGGAUCUAUCGAUUCACUGCCACUGCUCUGGGUGCUGGCAUGUGGUUCUUCCUGAUGUACCGGGCUAAGAAGGAUGGUGCCGUGCUCCUCGGUCUCAAGCACCCUUGGGACCACUAA